CCGCUGCAGCGGGCCGAGCCGGGGCAGGCGGCUCCCGGUGUCCGCCGUCCCGGGCCAUGCGCCGCGCGCUCCUGGCGCUCGUGGCCGCCGCGUGCUGCCGUCUCGCGUGGCCGCGCGCCGCCGCCGCUGCUCCCGGGGCCGCCGCGCCGCCGCCUCCCGCCGCGCUGGAGCCCGCGUGUCCCGUGACGGCGCCGCGGGGAGCAGCGCAGCCGCCGCCGGCGCGGACCGAGCCGGCCCCGAGGAGAACCAAGCGUUUCGCCUCGGUGCCGCGCUACGUGGAGACGCUGGUGGUGGCGGACGAGUCGAUGGCCCGCUUCCACGGCGCCGGGCUCACGCGCUACCUGCUCACGGUGAUGGCGGCCGCCGCCAAGGCCUUCCGGCACGCCAGCCUCGCCAACCCCGUGGAGCUGCUGGUGACACGGCUGGUGGUGCUGGGCGAGGACACCCCCGGGCCCCCCGUCACCUCCAACGCCGCCCAGAUGCUGCGCAACUUCUGCGAGUGGCAGAAGGACCUCAACGACCCCGAUGAGGACAGUCCCCGGCACUUUGACACCGCCAUCCUCUUCACUCGGCAGGACCUGUGCGGGGCGGCCACCUGCAACACGCUGGGCAUGGCCGACGUGGGCACCGUCUGCAACCCCACGCGGAGCUGCUCCAUCGUGGAGGACGACGGGCUGCAGGCAGCCUUCACAGCCGCCCACGAGCUCGGCCACGUCUUCAACAUGCUGCACGACGACUCCAAGCCCUGCGAGGAGCUGAACGGCCGCUCCCGCGCCUUGCGCCACAUGAUGGCCCCGGUGAUGUCCUCCGUGGACCCCGAGGAGACGUGGUCCCCGUGCAGCGCUCGCUUCAUCACCGACUUCUUGGACAACGGGCACGGCCACUGCCUCCUGGACAAGCCUCCCGAAUGGCUGCCGCUGCCCUCGGCGCUGCCGGGCAGCGAGUACGACGCCGACCGGCAGUGCCAGCUCACCUUCGGGCCCGAGUCGCGCCACUGCCCCGGGCCGCAGCCGCCCUGCGCCUCGCUCUGGUGCACCGGCCACGCCAACGGGCGCUCGCUGUGCCAGACCAAGCACUUCCCCUGGGCCGACGGCACCCCGUGCGCGCCCGGCAAGACCUGCAUGAACGGGCUCUGCAUCAGCCACGGCGACAUGAAGGCUUUCGACACGCCCGUGGACGGCGGCUGGGGGCCGUGGGGGCCGUGGGGCGAGUGCUCGCGGAGCUGCGGCGGCGGCGUGCAGUUCUCCCGGCGCGCCUGCGCCAAGCCGGUGCCCCGCAACGGCGGCAAGUACUGCGAGGGCAAACGGGCCCAGUUCCGCUCCUGCAACGUCGACGCCUGUCCCGGCACCACCCCCCUCACCUUUCGGGAACAGCAAUGCGCCGCCUACAACUACCGCUCCGACCUCUUCAAGGGCUUCCCGGCGCCCAUGGACUGGGUGCCGCGCUACAGCGGCGUCGCUGAGAGGGACCAGUGCAAGCUGACCUGCCAGUCCGAGGCCCUGGGCUACUACCACGUGCUGGAGCCGAGGGUGGCCGACGGGACGCCCUGCUCCCCCGAGAGCACCUCGGUGUGCGUGCAGGGCCGCUGCAUCGCCGCCGGCUGCGACCGCGUCAUCGGCUCCAAGAAGAAGUUCGAUAAGUGCAUGACGUGCGGCGGCGACGGCUCCGGCUGCACCAAGAUCUACGGCUCCUUUGCCAAAGCCCGCUACGGCUACAACGACGUGGUCACCAUCCCGGCGGGGGCCACGCACAUCCUCGUCCGCCAGAUCUCGGCGGCGGGCGGCGACGACGUCUUCCUGGCGCUGCGGCGGCCGGACGGCACCUCCCUCCUCAACGGCAACUACGUGCUGGUGCCCUCGGAGACGGACGUCAAGCUGGCCGGCGGUGCCACGCUGCGCUACAGCGGGGCCACCAAGACCACGGAGAUGCUGGCCGGCCGCGGGCCGCUGCAGGAGCCGCUGGUGCUGCAAGCCCUGGUGGUGAACGAGCAGCGGCCGCCGCGGCUCAAGUACAGCUUCUUCGUGCCGCGGGCGAAGAAACGCCCGGCGCCGGCGUGGGAGAAGCAGAAAGCCGAGAUCCUGGAGAUUUUGAGGAGUCGCCGACGCUCCAAGUAACCCUAGGGGAGCCGGGAGCUGGCUGACCAAGUCUCCGGUGCCCGGUGUCCCCUCGCGAGGGCUCGGGCAGGACCGUCAGCCCUGCAGCACUGAAGCACCUAUUUAUUUGGUUAUUUAUUGCUCGCUGAGAGCGGAGGCACCGCUCGCGGUGCAGCACCAGGCAGCUCCCUCAGCCCCGGCUGAGCCCUGCCGCGCUCAUGCCGUGCAUGGGACGAGCUGCAGCGCAUGUCGUCUACCUCAGCCUCCGCUCUCCAGCCGCGUCCCCCCCAGGCCUGUUUCACUCCCGUUUUACUCCUGCCUGGGGUGAAACCGGGGGGUUCUCCCUGGAUGGGGGGGUCUCCCUGGAUGGGGGGGUCUCCCUGGGCAGGUCUCAGGGUCCCCCCUGCGUCACCGUCCCCCCGCUGGCAUCGCCCCAGGCUGGCGCCAGGUUGCUGCUGGCUCCAGCCUCCAAACACAGAGCAGCUAUUUCACCUAUAAUUUAUUAUGGGAUGCCUCGAAGCCAUGGGCAGUGCCCGGGCGAGUCCAGGGGCGCGUUUCCCCGCUCCGUCCCAGCACGCAGCCUCUCCCACGCGGCUGGGGGUUGCGACAGAACCGCGCACAAUUAUUUAAAGCUAUUUAUG